AUGAAGGGUUACACUUUAGAUUUCUUCUUCAUGUGUUUGCAGAGUAUAACGGGUCACUUCAGUGAGGGUGGAGAGGACGAGGUGGAGGUCGGCUGCUCUCUGGAGAGAAACCGGUUCAUUCUUCACCGAGCAGACGCAGGGCGGGGGGUCACUCUGAAGAGGCACGCCUUCUGCCCCAUCAAGCACCUGUCCGUCACAGAGAAUGCUGCGCUCCCAUUGGACGUUCAGCAGCGAGGAGUGGACGUGGCCGUGGCCACCAUCCUGCAAACAGCCAAUCAGAGGGUGUUGUUGACACGGCGUGCGAAGGGGCUCCGGAUAUUUCCCAACAUCUGGGUUCCUCCAGGAGGCCAUCUCGAGCUGGAUGAGACGCUGCUGGACGCCGGUCUCAGGGAGUUACAGGAGGAAACGGGGCUGAAGCUGGAGCCAGAGGAAGGUUCUCCAAACAUCCUGGGACUCUGGGAGGUGACGCAGGACUCUUUAAAGUAGAGACACUACAUACUGAUAUACACCUGAACA